AGUCAUUUUGAAAAUGGCGGGUAUCGUGAAUGUCGAUGAAUUGGAACAUUUGAUCGGAAUUAUGUAACGAUAAAAGUUUUACACGGUUUUGAGAGGUCCAAUGGCUUCAGGUCCCGCUAAUGAUGACCUUGAAGUUGUAGAAAUUGUUACAUAUGAUCGAAAUGAUCGUGAAAAUGAGAACGUCGUGGAGUCGGAGGACGAGUCGGAUCGCGAAGAACAAGAGAUGGAGGUGGACGCGGGCGAAAAUGAACAAGAAAACGAACGCGUUCAGCAAUCAAGCGAGGAAAAUAACAUGCCAGAUGUAUCAGAGGUGCAGUCGUCGAUUCAAAUUGUGACGCCGGCGGUCGCCAGAAAUGUACAAGUUCUUGGACUGUCAGAAGUGAAUUCCCCAGACGAGUUUCAAAAAAAGUCAUCGAAAACAACCACUAAAAACAUUUCUGCGACAGCGAAAAAUACUAGGUUACCGGUUAAAUCACCCGAGAAAGAUGACGAUGUAAGUUUUUCUCAGUCUGAGCCUAGACUAACAGCAAAAUUAUGGCAGACAUUUUGCGUAAUAAGAUAGUCAUUGACAUUUCGUGAUCUCGCGGAAACGACCCCCUCCCUCCUUAUCAAUGUUGUUAGCUGACUAUGUCCAUGUUCACAACUUAGAUUAGAAAAUCUGAAUUCAGGACAAGGAAGGGUGGAUGUUAGUCUGCGCUGCCGAUCUUUGAUGGCUAUAGAUUUUGGUGAAAAGAUGGUUUUACCUGAACUCUCUGAAAAAAUUUCAUCCGGCUGUAAACUAUUUUUAAACAAUUUUUAAAUACAGUAGCUUUUACCUUAGCUGGUCUGUCUUUUUAUGACAUGAUGGCUGACUCAAGUGUGUGUGACAUCAUGUGUACUACUUAAUGGUAAUUUUUCUCUCAUGUCUUUUAGUCCCAAAGUUGUCCAAUUUGUUUUGAGCCAUGGUCAAACUCAGGUUCUCACAGGCUAUCAUCUCUCACUUGUGGGCAUCUCUUUGGAAGAAGGUAAAUGUUUUGAUCACAUGGAGGUAUAUAUAGUGAAAAGUUCAAUAACCAUCUGCUGUUGAGGCAUUGAGCUCUAGCUGAGUCUCCUCCUUUGAUGGAUCUGGACCAAACCCAAUAAAGUGGUAAAAAUGGAUCCCGAUUGAUCCCAAGUGAAUGGUUUUAAGAUUUGUAUGAUUUAGUGAAUGAAUUUAUACAUGACAAACUAAAAAUUAUCCUACAUAUACAUACAUACAUAUAUAUAUAUAUAUAUAUAGUUUUUUUUUCUCCUGAAAGCUGCAUCGAAAGAUGGUUAAAAGCCAAGGGAGGAAAUGAUAAAUGUCCACAGUGCAAUGCACCAGCAAGAAAAAGAGACAUAAGAAAUAUUUACACAAAAGCCAUUAAGGCUAUUGAUACAACAGAACGUGACAGGGCACUGGCAGAUCUGGAGAAGGAGAAGGAAGCUCGACAGAAGGCAGAAGAGAGAGAGGCUCGUGCAUUGCUGCAAUACCAGUUGGCAAAAGCUGAAUGUGAGAGAAUUGUGGAACAACUCAAAAGACAAGAGCAGCUGGUUGUCAGUUUACAAAGGGAAAGGUAAAUGAUGGAAGGAGACAUCAGUGCAUAGUGCAUGACUGUGUAUCUCAAAGUUUUAGGCUUGUCAGUAGAUUUUUGCAUAAUGCAUGAAUCCUAUCCUAAUCUUAGGAUUAAUCUAAUCUUAGAUGAUGAGGAUUGAUCUAGUGCCAUUGUUCCAAUAAAUACUCCCUCUCUAAUAAAUGCCCUCCCCUCAAAUCUGUUUUUGUGUCUGAGCACCCCUAUUUAAAUAAGUGCCCCUAUUGCAUAAGCAACCUAAUUCAAAAGAGUGCUCCUUGUACCAAGAAGAGCCUCUAUUCUGAUUUAGUGAUCUGGUGGCAGUGCUGUUAGGACUCUGUUAGAGUACAUGUGCAUUAAGAUCAACCGUGGUCACCUUCCUCUAAUUUUACACUGUAAGUCUUCUUGCAAAAUAAUGCUCCCUUUCUCAGUCUGUUAACUUUUAUGUCCAUGUUGGUACUGUACUUUUGUUCAAAUCGUGAACUCGAAGAGCAGGUCAUGUUUUUGCUCCUGGUGCUGCUUUUUAUUCAGUUUGUGUAAACUGAAGAAAAUUGAAAUGACAAAAAUGUUUCUUGAAUGAGCCAAUCAGGUGUCAGAAUGAAAAGUAAACUGCAGGCAACAAUGGUAAUUAGUUUAGUGUGGUACAAGGUUCGUUUGUAAGUCCUGAACUUUAUUGCAAUUUGCAAUUUUGCAAUUGACUUACUGGAAUCAAAACAAAGUUUUCACGUGAUCAUAUUGCUUUGCACCUUUGAUUUCGACUCAGACUCUGUUGUAACUGAAAACCAGUGUUUAGUUGUUGAUCAUUUCCUCUACUCUUGUGACCUCAAAUGUGUGAUUCAGGGGUGAUAUAGUAAGGAGAAAUUAAGUGCUAGUCACUCUUGAAGGUUAAAGGUACAGUCUUUUAUUAAAUCUUCAGGUCCAGCUCAUGCUCUCAGUGCAGCUCAGAAUCUCAGGGGGCAUCAACAGCUGUAAGAACAUUUGGGCAGAGCACCUCUAGUCAGAGGUUACUAUCAAGGAAAUCAUAUGUUCUACAAACGUCUUUUCAAGUUUCACAGGUACAGCUUGAAUUACAUUUAAAUGUAUGUGCCACUUCUACAUGUGAAUACAGUAAUAGACUCGUUUUGCGUGUUAGCCCUUCAUAAGAAUGAUUGGAGGAAUUGUGGGUUGUGUAUAGGUUUAUAUGCAGAAAAUGGAGUGACGUUAUUGGUGGGAAUAUGGUGACAAAAACAAGAAUAAAUUAGUUAAGUGAAAAGUGCUCAUUGAUACCAUGGGGAUUAAGAGUGCUAAAUAAAUAUGAAAGAUAAAUUUUAGUUCUAGAGUUUUGUGGCUUUCUGAACUGCUUAGAUGUAGGAAAAGGACCCAAACUGCCAUAUGCUGCUUAGAAUGAUUAGGGAGAUCAAAGUGUCUAGCGACUGGUUUGGAUACGUCCCUGUCAUUUCUCUUUACAUUGCAAGGGUGUUCUUGGAAUUGGUCACCAAGUCAUCUUCCUGUUUCACCAAUGUAUAACUUUUUGCAAUAAGUGCAAGUUAUAUAGUACAUGACAUUAGCAGAGGUGCACUUGAAGUCAUCAGUGAUCUUGAUGGAUCUCUUGGCCAGAACCUGAAAGAUUGAUGUAACUUUACUUUUCUGUCUGCUGCACCAUCAGAGCUAAGAAUUUGUAUUAUUUGGCCAAUGUUUGACUUAUUACUGUAGUAAGAGUAAUACUAUCAUUUCCUCUGACUUGUUUUCACUAGAAUGGAGCAAGAGUGAUUUCUUUUGAUCAACACCAUGCUGUACUAGUUGUGUCCAAGCCUUCACCAAACCAACUCUUUCCUGGAUUUGGUGUGGUAAAGGUAUGUAAAAGACUCUGGGAUUAUUACUAACAGUAUUUAAUUUUAUGCUAUCUCAUAUUUUACUGUAUGGCCUGCUAAUUCAAAGGCUUGUUUGAAUUGAAAUCUUCUCCUUGUAUGUAAACUCAGGUAAGGUAAGGUAAAGUAAAUAUCUUUUCUUAAUAACCUCAAUUCCUUAGUCUUUACUGUGAUUUUUAAAACCUUGUUCUUUACUCCUGGAUUUAUGAUUUGUAAACUUCACUUGAGUUGAUUAAUUAUGCUAUGCAAUCUUUUUACAUUCAGUAGAAACUGUAAGACUUGAAAUGAAAAGUCUAUGCAUUAAAUCCAAGGUGACUUAUAGCCAACGGUCUCACCGUCUCACCUUUCCAGAACAUGUUUAUGUACUUGUUUUAUACAUUUUUCUUUAAUAUGUUUGUGCAAAUUUAGGUGAGCUCUUUAGAUUCAAAGCAUUGUGAGUUUGUACGCAUUCACCAGAAGGCCGUCCGUGAUGUGGCAUUUAACAACAGAGGUGAUGGUUUAUUGUUGACAGCAAGCAUGGACAAGACUGUCAGGGUCACCAGUAUGCUGAGCAAUGCUGUUGUACAGACGUGAGUGGAGUAAAGAGUAUUAAGAGAAAAAAGAAUUAGUACUUAGUGCAAUUUUUUAUGUAACAAGUACAUGUAGGUUCCAUGCUGCCAUGUGUCUGUCAUGUAAUAGAUUACAGAUCAUGUCAAAAUGUGAUAAAAACAAAAAGUGGCACAUGAGGCUCAGCUGAUUGUGUCACGGAUGUUGUUUAUCCAUGACUUGAAAAGACCCACGGAAAUAAAGAAUCUAUUUGUUUUAUUUGAUAAAAAGGGAAAAAUGUCGUCAAUGGUGAUGUCAUCUAUGUGUCUGUCCUCCAAUAGAUCAAUAGUAAGCACCAAUAAAUGUAUGCAUGAUUCAACUCAUCAUAUACAAAGUAAUGUGUUUUAGUCAAUGAGGAAAAGGCCUGAAUCAACUGCAGGUACAUGUAUCAUGUAUGGUCUGAGGCCAGCAUUGUAUUGAGUUUCAUUUCAUUGGUAUAACAUUUUUCCUCACCCACAGUUCUCUUUGGUUUAAGUGUUAGCAAAUUAUUGUGUUUUGAAUCAUAGUUACAAUACACCAGUUCCUGUUUGGUCAUGUGCUUGGAAUGAAGAUGACACCAAUUACAUCUACUGCGGGCUACAGAAUGGUACAUGUCUUAUUUUCGACAUAAGAAACACUGAAACUUACCUGAAGAGUAUUCAGAAUACAACAGGGGGUUCCUGUCCUGUCAUUGCCUUGGCUCAUGUGUCAUCAGACCCUCACAGUGCCCUGAGGUGAGAUCAUGUCAAAAUACAUUUGGUAGUUUCUCCUUUACCCUUUAACUCACAUGGAUGACCAAGACAGAAUUUUUCCUCACAAUAGCCAUACAAUAUUAAGUGCACAGGUAAUGAGAAUAAGAACAAAUGUAAAUUAGGGGAUUAUUAGUUGAUUCAACACCAAAUUCCUAGAGCUAACACCAUAGGAACUGUAUGACAGACAGUAAGGAGAAUUACCCAUGAGAUCUUGGAGUGAAGGGUUAAAAACUAUUAACAGUGUAAUUUUUUCAAGUAGAUAGAAGUACAUGUACUUUUCUUGAGUGAGUGUGAAAGGAAAUUCAAGAGAUAGCUGCAUUUUAUUGCAUCAAAUUGACUCAAGGCAACAAAGAAUUGAUUAUUGUUACUGCAGUAGUUGUUCAUUAAUGCUGUUUAGUGGGGUGUUGAGUGGUUGAGUUUGCAAGCAGGCUUCAAUGUUGGCUCUGCAGAAUAAGUGUUUCUCCGCCUGUUGGAAGAUUUGAGAAGAGAUAGAGCAAGGUGUGCUAGGGGUGUGGCUGACUAGUCUUGCUCAAGGCCUUAAAUUUAUUUGUUUGCAAAUAGGCACUUGUCUUAAAGUGCGUAUUGUGAGGAUGUGCUUGUAUUGUCAGUGGAACACUUGUAGGAGAGAAAAAUGUGUUUUGCCUUAUGUUGUAUAGUAAUUGGUUGUAACAUUUUGGAAGCUUUCUUUUUGUAUCAUCUGGUGAUAAAAAAUAAUAAUAAUUGGUGAAUGUUAGACUACCUUGUGACAAAGGUUUUUUUUGACCUGUAUGUACAGUAGAAUGAACAAACAACUACUAAUCCAAGUCAAGUGAGAGCAGGCUGGACAUAAUAAUAACUUUAAAGUCAAAACUACUAGGAAUGUCAGCUUUGAAACUCUUUACAGUGGCCAAUGCACAUGAUUAUCUCAGUUGGUAAAACCAAAAUUAUCUUGUUAUAAUCCCCCACUGAUGCAGCACCACAGUUUAGUUAGAAACUUACCUCCUUUAUUAUUAAUAGUGAAUAACUUGUAGCUGUUCCACACAGUUUUAAUGUUAUGGGCGUCAAACACUGUAUUAGGUGAAUGCCAAAUAAAAGACAAAUUCCCUGAGCAAUUGCAUCCACAUGAAAAGAAAAAAAAAACAUGUAUGCAUGCAGGAGAGAAAGUAUCAAAAUACACAUAUUUGUUUCAAAACUUUUGCAUGAUUGAUAUUUUUUCCAAUUUACAGAAUUCUGGAGCAUUAGUUACAAACCAUGCAUAUAACUAAUGUAGAAGGGAAAUGCAUAAUUACUUAAAGAGAGGGGUUGAAUGGACACUUCAAUUUACUUGGGGAUACUCUUUUGCCAUUUUUUUUUUUUUUUUUUUGCAGACCUGAAGGAAUUCUUGUUUGCAAACUUGAAGGAGCUUCUUUCUGGGAAAAAACACCUGGAGCUGAUUUUGUCCCCAUUGCCUAACUCUUCCUGAAGGUACUUGACUGUAUUAGAGAAAAUGACAGAUCUGUAAACGGAAAACUGUCGUGUUAUUUGCUUAAUCGUCUUUACUUAGGGAAAAAGUUGAAUGUGAAUUUCUGAAAUUUUCUUGUGGGGGGGGGGGGGGGGGGGGGGGGGGGUUAUCGAUCAGCACAGUUACACUGUAUCACUUUGUGCAUUGAUCAUAUUCUAACAAAACCAAUCCCAGGAUGAAGAUGCCAUCACCUUUGUGAAGGAUAUGUGUUAUGUACAGUGUUCACAUGUGUGGGCAGUUAAAACUUGUUUUAAAAAUGAUGCUUGGUUUUGACCCUUAAUUCCUGUAGGUGGUUAACAUGUACAUGGUGUGAGUUCUCUUUACAACAAACACAUCAAGCCAGACCUUAUUUGCACUUAGUUUAUAACACACUUGUACCCUACCAUAACACAUUAUCAUGGGUUAAAUUCCUUUUUGUCUCAUACUGUUUAGGGUCUUGCACCAGUUUAUCCUUUGAGCCAUCAACUCGUCAUUGUUUGUUUUCUCUUCGCCCCUCCAAGAAAUUCCCUCAAACAAGACAUUUGGUAGGAUUUUCUUAUCUUGUGCAGUUCAUUUUUCAAAUGAAUGUGUACCACAUGUUAAUUUUUUACGUAAUCUCAAGGUUAAACUAUGAUGUAAUUAUGUUUAAUCUGAGCUGGAUAAAAGUUUAGCCAGUGAGAUAAAAUAAGAGUCUUUGUUGGUGAAGUGUCUCAAAACUGUUGAGGAAAAUGCAAGAAACUCUUUAGGUGGCUAAUUUACAAUAAGAUCUCAGUUGUUAAAACCAAAUUAUCUUGUAAUACACACACCCCCACCCUCACCCCCACCCCAACAUUUUUUUUGCAGGGAAAUUAUAGUUUUAUGUAUCCGUAGAUGUAGGGAUAACAUGAUUUAAUUCAUGCUGUACAUGUAUGUAACAGUUUUACUAAUUAAAAAUACAGUUAACUGUAAAUGUACUAGGCUUGAUCUGAAAGCCUUUGCCUCCUAGAAGUGACUAUCAUGAAUUAUCCUAUAAUUUCAAUGAAUCUAGCUGGAAGGAAUGACAUACAGUGGGAUGGUGUUGCAUGUGUCUUGACAUGAAACCAGAUUCUCAUUAGCAAGUCACAAGGGGAUUUUGUGAUUUAGGUUAAGUUAACAACUGUACACAAUUCGAAUAAUUAUUGUUAAUAUUAUAUACACUGUAUGGUACAACACACAUAGGUUUGUCAAUUGCAAGGUAAAGGUGUGGGUGUAUCAAUGGCCCGAGCUCAAGCAGAAAGAGCAGGGAAUAUGGAGGACGGUGAGGAUGGUAUGUACAUUGUGGCUGUGUGGAAAACAUGAAUACUUACUGGUACUGGUAGUUAUUGAUAAUAAACAUCAUUGUUUAAGGGCAUUCAGGAAAGGGUGUCUGAUAAAAACAAAGAAUUGACUUGGUUUGGUUUUAAGUAGUGCUACAGCUGUUGGUGUGGAAUCAGAUGAGUUGAUGGUAUGGAUUGAAAGAGUACAGAUAUGAAAAGAGGAAUGUUACUCACCAUUGCUCUCAUACUCUGCCAUUCAAUUUUGUUUGUAUUCUUGUACUAUAUGCUGGUACAACUAACCAGCAGUGCAGGCUGAAUGAUCCUGUACAUGUAUUUGGCUUGGCAAUAAUUACAAACUCUUGUGUUCUACAAUCAUGUUAUUUUCAGAUGCCAGCCUCUGUACCUGUCAAGCUGUCAAUCAAUGUGUUGGCGGCCCAACACAAAAGCUUCUCAGCAAAUCCAGGUUAUUCACUUGUCCUGAUGAUUGCAACACUCUGAUGGUGGCAGCUGGUGAUGAGAGCCUCUCAUCAGUGAGUUUUCCUCAAGCUUUGGUGUAUAGCAGUUUUAUUAUGUUCCUGUGCAGUAAAUGAUAUCUGCAGUGUUGCACUUGAAGCUUGAACACAUCAGGGGUAGCCAAGAGUGAUGAUAAAUUUAACCCUUUCACAUUUAAGAUCUCAAGAAUUACCCUCUUUCCCCACAUGUAUCAACAGCUUCUUACAAUGGAAGGUCUUUAUUGUUUGAUAUCAGAAGCUUGAUAGUUUUUUUUUUAAUUCUGAUUACCUGCUUGCUGUCUUGGUAAUUUAAGUAUUUUUUGGCCACUUCUGAAAGUGAAAGGGCUAAAUGUAUGCUAAGAAAAGUCUUGAAAAAACUACAUGUGUAACCAAAAUUAUUUACUAUUAUCUUCAUGCAAAAAUGUUCUAAAAUAUGUAAGAAUUUGUGUCAUUAUGCUAAGAGAACAGAAGUAUGUACAUGUCAUGAUCUUAACAGCGGCAUACUUCUCAGCCAUAAGAUUAAACAUUCUAUCCAAAAGACAUUCUCAAGCAGGUACAUGUACCCAGCAUUGAGAAAAUGUCUACCUUUUGUAUGGUUAUGUGGAUGAACACCAACUUAGUGUGCAAAAUGUUUACUCGUUUUUUUAUUCCCUAGACUUUGAUAUGGAAUGGCAGCAAUGGAAACCAGCUGCAGAAACUACCCAACCAAGGAAAAGAGAUAUUAGAUGUUCUUCCCUUUGCUGGCAAUGGAAAUGACUAUCUGGCUACAAUUGAUGAGCAGAAAUUAAGUGUUUACAAAUGGAUGAAUGUAUAAAAAUUUAUCGAUGAAUUCUGAAUCACUCAAAGAGCCCUUUUUUUUGUGUACCAAUGUGUCUACAAUUGUACAUUAAAGGCUAUGGGAAGAGAAGAAAGCAAACAAGUUCUGUGGAAUCUACAGCUUAAUUCUUUUGUGUCCUUUGGGGAGGAGAAUGCUAAUCUGUAGAGUUGAAGGUACUCUUUCAAGCACACCACCAAAUAUUUCUAAGGGAAUGAGAUGAUUGAAGUCUGUCAGUGGGACAAACUGCUGUUGUAUUGAUGUUCAGAACAGGACUGCUGGAAUGGUGGAAAGUGUUAAGAAAACAACAGCUCAGUGCUGGUCCAUAAAGAUGGAACAGAUUAUCCAAAUUUUAUGAAUAUCUGUAAUGUAAUAAACUGUGAAUAAGUUGUUCAAGUUCUUGCAUUUAUCACUAUGUUAAUCUUGUUACCAUUAUUAAAGAAUGU